AUGACGCGAGAGAGAUCAGCAGUCAGUCUUAAAAGAAAUCACGAAGACGCCCUGGAAAUUCCAGCCAAACUGGCCAAAUUUGACACCACGUCGCAGCGAUUUCUCUUGCCUAUUGCGUUUGAACAGGAAGGAAAGUGUGGUAGCGUUUGUCAAAUUGUCGCGGCUCUCUUUAGCGUGGAGAAGCUAAGUUGUAUAUCGCGAUGGUCAUUUCACAUUGGGAAGUUUGAUUUGCACCAACCACAGGCAGUUCAGCGUACGAACGGUGAGACAGCUGUGAUAACGACGCUCCAAGAUGCACUCGUAGAGCUGGCCACAUCUGUCGAAAGCAGGUGCUCUCAUGAGACGGACAAUCAGCCAUCAGAGGUCACAUUGGUGACCAAUGGACACGAGGGCCUACGCAACGGUCUGCACUUUGAAAUGGUGCAUUCUGGGGUCUCCAGUUCGAUAGCCUCCAGAUCGAUCUGGUGGAGCUACGUGGAGAUUAGGGAACUCGUGUCUAGCGCUGGCAUUGACGGAGAGUCUUUUGAACACAACCUCCCAUUAAGUAGUGGAUGUGCUCCUUCCUCGACGGUCGAUGACUUGUGCAGGAUACUUGAGCGCUACCUGGCACAAGGGCACCGCAUUUUUCCUCCACGGUCUAUCUCAACUGCCUACAAGCAUGCUCUCAUCCAAGAGACCUCAGUGAUCACUCAAGGCACCGUGGUUGAGGUGCGCCAACUUCCAUGGUCUGCCACACCGCUGACCAUCGCCAAGUUCUUCCGCGGCCUGAACAUUGUUCCGGGAGGCGUCGCCAUCAAGAUCCACGAGGGACGGCGCAGCAACACGGCCUACGUGGCCUUCGAAACGCCUUUGGAAGCUCGACUGGCCUGUGAGCGGAGCAUCAACGGUGACAGUCUGGUUCUAAAUGGCUCUGUUGAACGACAGAACAGGGCUUCAGUGCAUCGACCGUCCAAGAUUCAAAUCACCCUUGCAAAUGAAGCGCUCUUCUUGCAGCAUAGCGUGUGUCGAAAUCCAGACGUUGCCACCUUCCUUCAACAGCUCAGCGAUGAAGGACAGAUUGUCGUGAGAAUGCGUGGACUGCCCUAUGCCACCAAGACAUCAGACAUAGUGGCGUUUUUUGCUGAGGCUCAGGCUGAAAUACUUCAUGCAGAAAACGGCAUCUACGUAGUUUGCCUUGCCGACUGCCGACCAACAGGUGACGCGUUCGUUCUCUUCGUAGACGACGACGCUGCUAACAGGGCGCUGAAACGACAUCGCAACUACCUUGGUCAGCGCUACGUCGAACUGUUCAAGGCGUCUCCAUCGGAGGUCGUGCAGGUGUGUCAAAGUGCCCAAGAAAUCGACUUGGCUGGUAUUAUAAGCAGCGGGGGAAAAGCUGCAAGCGUGGUUAACCAUCUACAUGGACCGCAGCCACCGACGCAGGGUAAUAUGAACUCUCAAUUCGGGUUUAUUGCGAACCUGCCUGGAAUUCUCUCCACUCCAUCACACCUUCCAUCAAGCCUUCAGCUGCCUUUUCACGUAUCGGGACUGUUAACAGCACCUACAUCACUCACAACUCACUCCCAACUGCCAUCAAUGCUUCCAGCAGUUCCUAGCAUCGGUGUCAAGACAGCAGACUUCGACAAUCCCACUGAUCCAGCCUGUCCCUUUCCACAACCCCUUCCAGAAGAGGGCGCUCGUAUUGUCCUGCAGGUGUUCGGCCUCCCACCCUCGACUCAGCACCAAGAAAUGCGCCUUUACCUAGGGCCACAGGCAUUCGCUAAAGUCUUUCGAAUGCUCAAAAUUACUAAUUCUCUGAAUGAGACUGUGUGGCUACUGCUGCUCGCCAACUCCACCGAUGCGCUCGAGAUCAUUGGGCAGCUACUACGAGGGUUUUUUGCGCCGCCGGCUGGAUCGAUAAGUAUUCUUCCUCGGUUUAAGGUGUUUCAGCUAGACGGAAGGACGCCGCUGCUUCCUCCUCCAACAGCCUACACGUCCUCCCAGCUUCGAUCAACGUGCAUGAAUAUGACGAAUCCAGAUUCCCAUUUACGUCAACCGGUGUCUCACUUGAACGCAGCUGGAAGCAUCCACCUCGAACAACCAGGAGCAGUUGCCUGCAUUGCCGAUCAUGGCCUGAAUCCCCACGCUUCACUCCCACGUACCUCUUCGGCGGGUUUAGUAAAUAUGUUAGAUGAAGUCUACACACGUUUGCCAUUCGACUGCCUCAACUACUCUAACAGUCUUCAAACCACUGGUUUACCGCAUAAUAUGACUCAGCUUGAAGUGAACUCACUCUGCACUCAACUUCCCUACCUUCCCUCCGUACGAUCUUCCACGGUUUCCGUAACUUCUACUCGAAGGACACGAGAUCACGCUCACCCAUCUCGUCUCCCCAAUGAUCCCUAA